UACAAAAAGAAAAAAGAAAAGGCAAAAAAAAAGAAAAAAAAAAGAGAGUGAGAGAGAGCAAAGCCAAAAAGCCCAGUACCGGACCGUACGGUCUGGGUGAGAGCUAGACAGAUUUUAGAGAGAGAGAGAGAGAGAGAGAGAGAGUAGCUCCAUUACUGUGAGAUUGUCUGUGUCUCUCAUAGUUUGGGCUAAAUACAUCCUUUACUCGAUCGAGCUCUCAGAUUGUUUAGGCGGCCUAAGUAGUAGAGCAGUAUUAUAAUAUCCACAAGGAACAUUUUGCGUCCUCAAUGGAGUUGUACGGCCGGAGCCCCGCGAGGAAUGGGUCUAAUCCGGUUCAUCAACCCGAAUGGAGCCCUGUACCAGCUGGUGGAGAGACUGGGCUCGAAGAAUCCAUGUGGCAAUUGGGGUUGAGCAGCGAAUCGUACCCGGAACGUCCCGGCGUACCCAACUGUGUGUACUAUAUGCGAACCGGGUUCUGUGGAUAUGGUAGCCGGUGCCGUUACAAUCAUCCCCGUGAUCGCGCUGCGGUUGCUGCAGCCGUGAGAGCGACUGGAGAGUACCCGGAGCGAGUAGGCGAACCUGUAUGUCAGUAUUAUUUAAAAACUGGGACCUGUAAAUUUGGUGCGUCCUGCAAGUUUCACCAUCCAAAACAUGGAGGUGGAUCUUUGAGCCAAGCUCCACUAAAUAUUUAUGGAUACCCAUUACGUCCGGGUGAGACAGAGUGCUCCUAUUAUUUGAAAACGGGGCAGUGCAAAUUUGGUAUAACUUGUAAAUUCCAUCAUCCUCAACCUGCCGGCACAUCAGUGUCAGCUUCUGCACCCCAAUUUUAUCCAACGGUGCAAUCUCCUUCAGUUCCUAUGCCUGAACAAUAUCCGGGGGCAUCCACCAGCUUGAGGGUGGCUAGGCCUCCAUUGUUACCCGGUUCAUAUGUGCAAGGGGCUUAUGGUCCUAUGUUGUUUCCUCCUGGAGUUGUUCCACUACAUGGGUGGAGUCCUUACUCGGCACCUGUAAGCCCUGUCUUAUCUCCUGGUGCUGCUCAACCCCCAGUUGCAGCAACUUCACUGUAUGGAGUAACGCAGUUAUCUUCUUCAUCGCCUGCACUUGCCAGACCUUUUCCAUCCCUACCAUCCUCCAUUGGUGCUUCAAGCAGUAGUCCGAAGGAACAAGCGUUUCCAGAGAGACCUGGUGAACCUGAAUGCCAAUACUAUAUAAAAACGGGAGACUGUAAGUAUGGGUCAUCAUGUCGGUAUCAUCAUCCUCGUGAUCGCGUUGUACCGAGGACAAAUUGUCUCCUCAGCCCAAUAGGUCUUCCUUUGCGUCCGGGUGUGCAAGUUUGUACUUUUUACUUGCAAAAUGGGCAUUGCAAGUUUGGAUCCACUUGUAAAUUCGAUCAUCCUAUGGGGAAUAUGAGAUACAAUCCAUCAGCUUCAUCUCUUAUCGAUAUGCCUGUUACUCCGUAUCCAGUUGGAAACUUGCUCGGUACUCUGGCUCCUUCCUCCACUUCAUCAGAACUUCGGCCUGAACUAAUUUCAGGGUCCAAAAAGGAAUCUUAUUCUACGAGAAUGCCUUCUUCUGCGAACACAUCAAGUAGUUCAGUUGGUUUAAUUUUCUCUCAAACUGGUUCUGUUUCACUUUCUGAAGUGCAACUCUCAAGUCAGAGUUCUGUACCUUUGAGCAGUAGCAGAAGCACAAGACAAGGCGGUGAGGUACGUCGAUCAAGCUAAUGUAAAAUGCAAGGCCAUUCUUCUGUGGGAGGAGGAUUUUCCACCUUCCUCGCUAUGUUCUCUGUUUAUAGAUCUCAGCAAACGUGUAAGUGGUCAAUCAGGCCUGGUGGAAGGGUAAUGUCACUGAGGCCUGUGCUUAGGACCUCAUAAAAGGAGGGCCCAUUAAAAACGUUUCAUAUUAAAUAUUGCACUUUUUUAUAUUUAUUUUUAUUCACAAAUUUUAUUUAAUAUAUAAAAUAAGUUUGUUUUUCUCUGAAA